AUGUCAUAUAAUAAAACUUAUGGAGGACAAUUCAUGGGAAUUGGUGCUGUAGCAAAAAAAAAUAAUAACACAUCAACCGUUGCAAAAAGGGAAUUUAAUAAAGUAGAAAAAGUUGCUGAGAAUAAAAAAGCAGACAAAGUAAUUAUAUCGAUAGUUGGGAUCAAGGGAAUAAAUAUACCAGAAGUAACCAAUGGACAAAUUUACUUUUUUUGCACAGCAAUAUUUGAUAACGAUGAUGUUAAGAUGUCUAUGGAAAAAUCAAAUCACAAUACCUCUUUGGUUUUAGGAGAAUAUAUCGUCUCAUCUUAUCACGUUACCUUUGAUGAGGAAAUUGUAUUGAACAUUCCAGAAGGUAAUAAUUUUAUAAGGUGUUAUGUUUCAUGUAUUUACGUGACAGAAUCUGAUGGUAUUAGAAACAUGAAACUUGAAGGAAUAGGAUAUACUGAUGCAUAUGCUAUAAAUUAUUGCAAGGUAUAUGUAUAUUCCUCAUGUAAACUAAUUAAAGCAGUAGGAGCACCUGAUACAGAAGGGAGUCUCAAAAUGUCUGUAAAAUGUGUCGAUGAAAAACAUCCAUCAGUUGUUAGGGAAGAAACACCAUUCAAUGCCAUAGAAGAAUUAAAAAACAAAAUUAUGAUUUGA